GGCCGCUCGGUCAUUUUCGCCUCUUUGUUUUACUGAUAGUGGAUUUAACUCGGAUUCAAGCCCACAUCCAGCGGACUGUGCUGCUCCCAAACAGGCUUCGAUGAGAGGCUCUCCAUGAUGAGCAGCUAACACUGUCGGCCGCACAACCACAGAAAGAAUCGUGGCUGCUGCACCAUCCACAGUCGACGCAUGGCGGUAUUAGGGAACCCCGACAUGCUGACGAGGAAGAUAAAGCUGUGUCACAUCAAUGCCCACAUCACAUGUCGUCUGUGUGAGGGCUACCUGAUCGACGCCACCACCGUCACCGAGUGCUUACACACCUUCUGCAGAAGCUGCUUAGUGAAGUAUCUGGAGGAAAACAACACGUGCCCCACGUGUAGGAUUGUUAUUCAUCAGAGCCAUCCACUGCAGUACAUUGGCCAUGACAGAACAAUGCAAGACAUUGUGUACAAGCUGGUACCGGGACUUCAAGAGGCGGAGAUAAAGAAGCAGAGGGAGUUCUAUCAGAAGUUGGGGAUGGAGGUACCCGGGGACAUUAAAGGAGAGCUUUGCAACAUGAAGACUCAUCUAGAUCAGCGCAAUGGCGACGCCAAAUCAGAGGACACGGCCAAUAAGGAGGCAGGAGAGGAGAAACCAGAGGAGGACAACGACUAUCACCGUAGCGACGAGCAGGUCAGCAUUUGCUUGGAAUGCAACAGCAGCAAGCUUCGGGGUCUGAAGCGCAAGUGGAUCCGCUGUUCAGCACAAGCCACGGUCCUCCACCUCAAGAAGUUCAUCGCCAAAAAGCUUAACCUGACAUCAUUUAAUGAGCUGGACAUUUUAUGCAACGAAGAAAUCUUGGGGAAGGACCACACUUUGAAAUUUGUUGUUGUGACAAGAUGGAGAUUUAAGAAAUCGCCCCUCCUGCUCCAUUACAGACCCAAGAUGGAUCUGCUGUAGCUACAACGGACACAACGGUUGUUUCCUUUUUCUUUUUUUUUGUUCUUCUGUCGUUGGCCCGGUGGCCGCGAACUGUGCCGAAACCUUUUUAUUUAUGCAAAGACGAUCAACCAACACCAAGCAAACACCCGACGGUAAAAAGUCAACACAAGCCAGCAGCCAAUCGGGAUCUAAAGGGAGGGGGAGGGGGACGAAUACGACAAAACCUGGCAGCCUCCAGCACAGAUACGGCAACACUGGUGUGUUUUUAGGAACUAAAACAACCUUCUUUUUUUUUUUUUGUCCGCUACAUCCUACAUAUG